AUGGGAAAUGCCUCUGAAACAUUUAUCCUCGUGUCCCAAAUAUCAAAAGACAAUGACUUCCUUAUGGGGACCAUUUAUACAGUUUUUGGCGUGCUGUCAGUGCUCGGGAAUGGCACGCUGCUGUUUGUGGCGUAUAGAAAGAAGUCCACCCUGAAGCCGGCAGAGUUCUUUGUGGUGAAUCUGGCCAUCAGUGACCUAGGCAUGACCAUCACACUGUUCCCUCUGGCCAUCCCCUCAGCCUUCACCCACAUGUGGUUGUUCAACAAAAUCACCUGCAUUAUCUAUGCGUUCUGUGGAGUCCUCUUCGGUCUCUGCAGCCUGACCAACCUCACCGUGCUGUCGAGUGUGUGCUGGCUCAAGGUCUGCUGCCCAAACCAUGGUAGUAAGUUCUCGUCCUCACACGCCUCCCUGCUGGUCGCCGGAGUGUGGUGCUAUGCUGGAAUAUUUGCAGUGGGACCCCUGUCAGGAUGGGGUCAGUAUGGAGCAGAGCCUUAUGGGACAGCCUGCUGCAUAGACUGGCACGCUCCCAGUGAGAAGUCCUCGGCCAUGAGCUACAUUGUGUGUCUGUUCUUCUUCUGCUACAUCGUGCCAUGUACCGUCAUCUUCCUUUCCUACACCUUCAUCCUGAUGACUGUGCGAGGGUCCCGACAGGCAGUUCAGCAGCACAUGUCCCCCCAGAACAAGAUCACCAACGCACAUGCAUUAAUUAUCAAGCUCUCGGUGGCAGUAUGCAUUGGCUUCCUCACAGCCUGGAGUCCUUAUGCUGUGGUGUCUAUGUGGGCCGCAUUCGGGAACCCAGAGACUGUGCCUCCUAUGGCCUUUGCUCUGGCAGCUAUAUUUGCCAAGUCGUCCACCCUUUACAACCCCAUCGUAUAUCUCCUCUUUAAACCCAACUUCCGCAAGUCACUGUGCCGGGACGUGGCCCAGUGCAAGACCAUGUUCUGUGGGUGUUUCUGUGGCGACAGCUCCCCACAGAAGGGAGUGUGCAGAGACGCUCAUUUUAAAGAAGAAUGCAACUCCACGCGCUUGUCCAAUGGGCUGCCGGAGAACCAUGGGACCUGCAGGCACUGCCCCUGGCCAGCUUCCUCCCCGGGACAUGGGGGGCACUGCGAGGGGCACAGUCCACAGCAGACUGCCAGGAUACUGAAAGGAUCUCUGCACAGCGAAGUGGCCGUCAGUCAACUGUCCAACGAGCUACAAAGUGACUUCCUCUAG